GCGGCGCCUGCGGUGACGGCGACGUGCGGCCCGCGCCACUGCUACCCGCGGACGCCGAGGACCCCCGGAGCUCAUGGCCCAGGCGAAGAUCAGCGCCAAGGCCCACGAGGGCCGCUUCUGCCGCUCGUCGUCCAUGGCCGACCGCUCCAGCCGCCUGCUGGAGAGCCUGGACCAGCUGGAGCUCAGGGUCGAAGCCUUGAGAGACGCAGCUACUGCUGUUGAACAAGAGAAGGAAAUCCUCCUGGAGAUGAUCCACAGCAUCCAGAACAGCCAGGACAUGAGGCAGAUCAGCGAUGGAGAAAGAGAGGAAUUAAACCUGACUGCCAACCGUCUGAUGGGCCGGACCCUCACUGUGGAGGUCUCAGUGGAAACGAUCCGAAACCCCCAGCAGGAGGAAUCCUUAAAGCAUGCCACGAAGCUUAUCGAUGAGGUGGUCAGUAAGUUCCUGGACGACCUGGGGAAUGCCAAGAGUCACUUAAUGUCACUUUACAGUGCAUGCUCAUCUGAGGUGCCGCCUGGGCCGGUUGAUCAGAAAUUCCAAUCGAUAGUCAUCGGUUGCGCUCUCGAGGAUCAGAAGAAAAUCAAGAGGCGGUUGGAGACUCUGCUGAGGAACAUUGACAACUCCGACAAAGCCAUUAAACUCUUAGAGCACACUAAAGGGUCCGCUUCCAAAAACCUGCAGAACACUGACAACAAAUUUAAUUAGUCGUCACAUCCUCAGGCCCUUCCAAAAGAUGUAGAAGAGAAAACUACUAUUUUAAAUAGCUAUGUCUUUAUGUUAGGCACAACCACUAUAUGGUUUCAGAUGGGGAAGUAUUCCAGUGUCGGCAGACACACAAAUAACUAGGAGUAUUUCAGUCACCUACUUUGAAGUUUUGGACAGUGUUCCUGUCUUGAAUUGGACUCUAUCACUGCAUAUUUAAUUCUGAAGAUGCACAUGUAGUAUGCGGGAAGGGGGGGAAUAAAAAAGGGGAGGGGGCAAAAAUACCACUGCUCUUUCCUUGACUUCAGCACAGAGCACCCAACGCUGGAGCAGUGAACUCACACCAAUACGAACAGAGCACCCAGCCCCUG